AAAAAUCGAUUACAAUUUAAUUACUUUUUUGCAUUGUAAAUAUUAAGCGAUAACAAUUAAAUCAUAAAUUUAAAAAUUACUGGUGAAAGUUGAAUUAGUAAUCCGCUAGGAGCGACACCAGCGAAGCUCAGAGCGUAUAAGUGGGUGCGUUUGGACGACCAUAGUGGCUGACUGUCAGCAGAAAUCGGCUGAGUGGUUGUAUCCAGCUGUGACAGGGAAAGCUUAGUAAAUCUCUCAGUGGCUGACUUCCAACAGUGACGUCUGACAGCUACUGCUGGCUCAGCUGUCCAGCCGCUGUGGUCAUCCGAACGCACCCAGUGUCAGUCAUGUUUUCCUGUAGUAUAAAAGGCUUAGAUAGAAGGUUAUGUAAGAUUUUUGUUUGUUUAUUUUUUCUUCUUCUUCUGUGGCCUUUGGAAGCUGUGCCCAUUUAGCCAGCAACAUUUCUUAAAAUUAAUGCCUAACUAAACCUACCAUACAAGAAAACCAUUAUGAACCUAAACGACCAAUCAAGGAUACGGAAGGGAAAGUAAAGUUAUUUAAAAAAUAAACUGUUGUUAAAAUAUAAACUAAAUAAAUAAAAUAUAAAUUGAAAACAAUAAUUUGACAUUAUAAAUGUAACCUCCAAUAUUAUGACAGACGUCAGUUACCAUGACAUCAUAUAUUAUACUCAUCACUAAUUCUAGCCAAUGAAAUGCUUGCUGUAAUAGGAAUGGCAUAUCAAAAAAAUCUGACUAUUCUCUAUAUAUUUUUUCAAAUUUAGAAUAUGGCAACAAGGGGAAAGUUAUGUGCAUUCCUCAUUGUUUGACUUUUCCUAUAUCUUUAGUAUCAGGUCAUCGUACAAUACAAAUACUUCUUGCAAUGAUUGGAAGUAAUGCAGAACAAGAAUUGAAUUUGGAAUCGCCGAGAAAAAGGAUUGGUGUACAAAAUAAGAAAGUAUAUAAAGGACAACAAACAUCUUCCAUAAGCGAUCAAAAUUGUAUAACUGAAAUUCAGGAAAUAGAUUCUGCUCCACCUUUAGGUUUCCAUACUUCUAAAGGAAAAACGGACCCUUAUAGGCUCGCUAUAUACUUAUACUAUGGCCAAAAAGCGGUAGUGAGAAUAGAAGAUAUAACAUCAGAAGAAAUAGAAAUGAAAAAAAAGGUGUUCGACAAGGGUGUAUACUUUCACCAAUAUUAUUUAAUAUAUAGGUACUCGGAAGACAUAUUAAGUAAGACAAUGGAUGAAAUAAACAUAGGCAUUAGAAUUAAUGGCAUGAUCAUAAAUAACCUGAGAUACGCUGAUGAUACAGUUCUUUUAGCCGAAUCACAUGAAAACCUACAGAUACUGCUUACUUAAUAAAGUGACCGCAGUAAGUGGAGAAUAUGGACUAUCGCUUAACAUAAGCUUUAUUCCAGCAAUGUUCCAUUAAUUUUAUCUGUCUCUUCCACAUUAACCAAGAAGAGGUGUUGAAAUUUCCGAUACAUUUCCAGUGGAUACAUUACCAGCUAUUCGUGAUGAAUAAUGAGUAAUACAGACUUAAAAAUUCAUACAGACCUAGCAGUCAUUACUUAGCUUUUGAUUAAAAUUGACAAAUCUAAACGCACAAGUGGUCUAUUACUUUU